AUGAGUGCAAAACCACGGAGGCAAGACGAAGAGUACGAAGUUUCUGCGAGUGGAUAUGUGUUCCUGACAGAACCAGAAGCCGAGAGCUCAGGCCCAGAUGAAACCGACGAAGAUGAUGGCUUUGAACAUAUCCUUAAGAGAGAGAUGGAAAGGCAGGCUGUAGAAGAAGCGAAAGUCAAAGCUGCGGCCGAAGCUCUUGGGCGGAAACCGUGGAAACGGCAGCGGAUAAGCGACAUACGCGGGAAAUGGAAUCUCUACUCCUCGCAAUGGGUGAAAGACUACGCGCACAAGUUAUGCCGAGAACUCGAAGACAACGACUUCACGGAUCCUGUCGGAACGAUCGAGUUUGCAAAGCACCUUAUCGAUGAGACUAUGGCGCCUUACGGCGUCGGCGACAUGGGGAUGGAGCUCGACAUCGACGGUGGGCCAUCGCAAGCCUCGCCACCCGGGUUCAACAAACCAAACUAUGCAUCCCUGAAUCCGGAAUCUAUCAAGAUCUUCGAAGAUGGUGACGAGAAACAAUUCACUAUCAAUAUCAACUUUCUCGGAAAUGGCUUCUUAGAAUUGCGCAUGGAUGAUAUUUAUUUUGCUGGGAUCAUGUUCCAAGAUCGGAAAGCUGUGAAGCGUGAAGCUGAGGAGGCGAGUCUCGAAUGGGUGAAGAUGGCUAUGGCGCAGUGUGGAGUGCUCGAUGACUUCUAUGAUUACGGGGGCUAUGAUUCGGGGAGCUCUGAUGGAAGCGAAGCGACCGGGAGCGAGGAAGAACCGCAAGAAGUAGAAGACGAUGAAAAGGAAGACGAAGAAGACGAAGAGCCGAGUGAAGCAGAUGAUGAAUUGGGCGAAGAGAGUGAAGAAGAGCAUUCAGAGCUUCAAGUGACCAUCCAAACACACAAAAGGAGAGCUGAACGGUACGAGGAGGAAGCAAGAAAGGAGCAUGAUGCAGUACUUGAAGCUGCCAUUGCCUACCACACAGCCAGAGCUGUCCGAUAUGAGACACUAGUAAGGGAAGAAAAGAGCACCCUCUUUGAUAGGUGGCAUAAGAACAAGAAGACCCCCCUGGCUCCCAUCGAUGGCAAGUGGACCUUGUUCUCAUCCCAGUACCUCGAAUUCUACGAAAAGCAACCCAUCCGCGAGCUUGACGAAGAAACAAUCACGAACUGGUCGGUCGGAACGCUCAGAAUCGUACAGGAUGGCACAUACACUGAGAUUAAAAUCAAGCUCUUGGAUGCUUCCGAUGAAUUCAGCAUGGUCAUCGAAACUCCAAAGUUCGCUUCGCCAGAGCGUCUCACAGGAAAUCUUAAUGGUAUCGAGUACACCGACCCGGAGGGCGACCCUUGCUGGGUAACAUUUAUCGGGAAUGGCCUGCUGGACUUGCAUGUACCUGGAGAGAUACUAGAAGAGAGCGGCCAUUGGCCAGAUAAAGCUCGGCCUUAUACCAUUCGAUAUGUUGGUGUCCUGAGGUAG